CUGAUGAUUUUGGAUUGUAAUUGUCUGCAUUAAAUUUAACUGAUGCUCUUUCAAACUAGAAAACUCUGGAAUAUGUUAAUCUCAACCAAAUUGUUUCACUACUUAAAUGAUGCCUUGAAUGAUGCAAUGCUGUGAUAUAUACAUAUCUUUAGUUUAGCUUGGAUGUCAGUACAAAUACGAUGCUAUCUCACUGUAUGUUACAAUCUUGCAUUGUAGAUGGACAAGAGGAGAAAAAUGUUAAUUUUUGGCGCUACGGCAUAUAUUACUGUUUCUAUCAUGGCCUUAGUUGUUGAGUUGAGAAAAAGGAAAAGGAGAACACGUAUUACAUAUGGGCCAAUAGAAGAAAGGGAUAGGAUAAGAAUGGACUAUCUAAACAAUAAAAUAUGGAAGAAUGAUAUAACUUGUGUGAGCAUGCUUAGACUUGGUAGAGCACCUUUCUUCCGGUUUUGUAAACUCUUGAGGGACCGUGCCUUGCUUAAAGAUACUAUACAUAUGUGUGUUGAGCAACAAGUAGCGAUGUUUUUGAACACUUUUGGACACAACCUUAGGAAUAGGUUAGUUGGCACAAAUUUUGGUAGGUCCGGUGAAACCGUUAGCCGUUAUUUCAAAUUAGUUCUUCACGCCAUUGGUGAGCUACGAAAUGAACUUAUUAGGCCACCUUCAUUGGAGACCCCAACUAAAAUCGAAGGAAACCCAAGGUGGGAUCCAUACUUUAAGGAUUGUGUUGGAGCUAUUGAUGGUACACAUGUAAGAGCAUCCGUUUCUAAGGAUAUGGAGCCUUCCUUUCGUGGUAGGAAGUCAUAUGCUUCUCAAAAUGUGAUGGCGGCUGUAGAUUUUGAUCUUCGGUUCACUUAUGUCUUGGUCGGUUGGGAGGGGACAGCGCACGAUGCUCUAGUAUUACGUGAUGCUUUAGAACGUGAAAAUGGCCUACAUGUCCCACAAGGAAAAUUCUACCUAGUUGAUGCUGGAUAUGGAGCCAAACCUGGAUUCUUGCCUCCUUUUCGUGGUGUGAGAUACCACUUGAAUGAGUGGGGGAACAAUCCCGUGCAAGAUGAGAAGGAAUUGUUCAAUCUUAGACACUCAUCUCUGCGUGUGACCGUAGAGCGUGCAUUUGGGUCAUUAAAGAGGAGGUUCAAAAUCCUUGAUGAUGCCACUCCAUUCUUCCCCUUUCCUACUCAAGUAGACAUUGUUGUAGCUUCCUGCAUUAUUCAUAAUUGGGUUAUAGAUGACGGGAUUGAUGAACUAAUCAUACCGGACACCGAUUGGCCAUGUAAUCCCAACCUCAGUUCAUCGCAGCAAAUUGAGAUGGAUCUUGAGCUAACUGGGGAAAACAUGGGGGGACAACCUUUGGGGAGUGGCCAUGUUACAUGGACAUCGUCCAUGUCUUCCUACAUGCUUAGCAACUUAGCUAAUGUCGUGGCUAAUGGAACUAGAACCUCUUCGGGUUUCAAGAAAGUUCAUCUCAACGCUUGUGCUAGAGCAUUGAAUGAGCAUUUCAAGCUUAACUUGACUGGAGACCAGAUUGGGAAUCACAUUAGAACAUGGAGGAGGAAGUUUGGAAAGAUUACUAGACUUCGGAAUUUGAGUGCUGCACUUUGGGAUGAAGAUAGUUGUAUUAUUAGACUUGAUCAUGAGCAUUAUGCAAAUCAUAUUAAGGACCACAAAGGAGAUGCUGAAUAUCUAAACAAACCUCUUGAGCACUACCGUGAGAUGGCUACAAUUUUUGGUAAUAAUUUGGCUACGGGGAAGUAUGCAAAAGGAUCAGGUGACCCUCUAGCAACAGAAGCGAAUGAAAUUGAAGAUGAUGAAACCGGGAAUGAUGGAGUUGGAGCAACAAAAGAUGAUGGUGAGUCAUCGGCUCCCAAACCAAAGAGAUCCAAGUCAGUCGCAAGUGAAGAUGACAGCUUACAAGCAACACUUCGAGCUGUCGGUGAAAGGCUUGCUACCGCUAUAGAGAAUGCUGGUAGCACCGACAAUGAUUUGCCCGAGGGUCUUUGGGACAACUUGAAAAACCUUCCAGGUUUUGAUGAGACACAUCUUUCUCAUUACUAUGCCUAUUUGGUUGAGAAUGUUCGGAUUGCAAGGGCAUUCAACACAUUGAACUUCAGCAACAAGUUGGUUUGGGUUUCUAGGUAUAUUAGCACCCACUUCCCGGGAUGAAGGAUUGUGUGAACUUGUCUGAAAUUGUGAUUUUGUUGCCAACCAAAAACAGUAAACUAUGGGGUGUAUGAAUUUAUUUUUUGUGGACUUGUGCUAUCCAGUAUGGGCUUUGUAUGAUCUUUUGUUACUAUGCUGCUGUCUAGUCAGUGACUGUGAGCAUUAAUAUGAAGUAUGUAAUAGUUAUAUCUAUGUUGUC